AUGUCAUCAUCUUCAUCGGAUGAAUUCGAAGAGAGAUUGGACGAAGUUUUCGAUGAAAUCUUUGAAGAUACUUUCAACAAUAUAGUGGAGGCCCAAUCCAUACCGCAAAGUAGACGUGCUUAUGUGGAACGAAACCGCGAAGGAGGACACGUCCGCUUAUGGAAUGACUACUUCAGCGCAGAUUGUAUAUUUCCGGCACAUUUAUUCAGACGUCGUUUCCGCAUGAAUAAGGAAUUAUUCUUGCGUAUUGUCCAUGGCCUAUCAGAGUGGGUUCCAUUCUUUCAGCAAAGAAGAGAUGCAACCGGGAGGUUCGGUCUAUCUCCAUUACAAAUAUGUACGGCAGCUAUUCGUAUGCUUGCUUAUGGUUCUGCGGCUGAUGCGGUUGAUGAAUAUCUCCGACUUGGUGAGUCCACUGCACUUUCAUGUUUACAUAAUUUCACUGACGGAAUAAUACAAUUAUUUGGAGAAGAGUAUCUACGACGACCCACACCCGAGGAUCUACAACGACUACUCGAUAUUGGGGAGAAACGAGGGUUUCCUGGGAUGGUCGGGAGCAUUGACUGUAUGCAUUGGGAGUGGAAAAAUUUCCCAACCGCUUGGAAAUGA